UUAAUACCGCCUGUAAGCUUUGAGCAGACGCGCUGAGUAAAGAAGAAGAAGCAAAAAAACAGAGGGAAUAGUCAUUCUCCUUUUCAUUUUUAUAUCUAAGUUGCUGCAGAGCAAAGAUGAGACAUAGUAACCACGUCGUCGGGCUGGUGAACUUCCUAACCUUCGUGAUGUCGAUUCCGAUAUUAGGUGGCGGCAUAUGGCUGAGCAGCCGCGCCAACAAAACCGAGUGCCUCGAGUUUCUCCAGUGGCCAUUGAUCGUGAUCGGAGCUUGCAUCAUGGUGAUAUCCUUGGCUGGUUUUGCCGGCUCGUGUUACAGAAACACUCUCUUGAUGUGGCUCUACCUCUUCGUCAUGUUCUUCAUCCUCGUCGCGCUCGUCGCAUUCAUAAUCUUCGCUUACGCCGUCACCAAUAAAGGCUCGGGUCGACCCGUUCUUAACCGUUCUUUCCACGAUUAUUAUUUGCAGGACUACUCGGGUUGGCUGAAAGACCGAGUAGUAAACCCGAGCUACUGGGCCAAGAUUAGCUCUUGUAUCAGAGAUUCAAAAGCUUGUAGCAAGAUGUGGAGGAACAUUAAUGGCGUCCCCGAAACUGAGCAUAUGUUCUUCUUGAGAAAGCUCAGCCCCAUUGAGAAACCGCGGAAAAUGCUCGAAACGACGCCGCUUGCCACUGCACGCAGCUGUAGGGCUAUCUAUCAUAACACGUUGAGACUAGGACAAAAUUCUCCUGGACCUGGAGUGGUUCCUUCUGCCUCUUUUAAUUCAUAAAGAUUUUCUUGUUGGUUGGUUGGUAAGGUGGAGACAUGCUUUUUUUAUUUUGUCUGGUUUCUCUACUUGGUCAAUUAGGGCUAUCAAAACUCAAUUGAGAUGGAAGAAAGCUGGAGUCUCGCCCAAAUUAUAUACCGUACACUACUAUCUUUUUGUUUGAUCUUCUUUCUCUGUCUUUUCGGGGUGUUAACCAGUUUCCCAUACCAUACUGUAGUUCUUUGUUAAUGCCAGGACAAGAACAUUUUUUUUAUGGAAUGAUUCUUGGUUUUUUCAUUUUAAUGAAAUUCUUUUUUUAUC